AUGGCCAUCCUACUCACCGGCGGCGCUUAUGCCAAGACCUCCCAACGCAUUGCCACUUUAUGCCGGCAAGCCAAGAUUCCGUUUCUCUUCGCCUCUCGUCGCGGCGACUCUGUCCCUGCUGCAGACGCCAAGGAUCCUACUGGGGCCACUGAUGCGCCGGCCGUGCGGUUUGACUGGACUGAUGCCGACUCGUACGCCAACCCGUUUGCACACGCCUUCCCCAAUGGCGAUGCCAUCCGAGCCGUAUACAUGAUCAUGCCGCGUGUGCCGGAGCCCGACAAGUACAUCAAUGCAUUCAUCGACUACGCCGCCGCCCGUGGGGCCAAGAGAUUUGUGCUCAUGGCCGGCACGUCGGCCAGUCUGGGCGGACCCGGCCCCGGCAAAGUAUGGCAGCACAUGGUUGAGAAGGGCGUCGAAUGGGCCGUCUGUCGCCCGACGUGGUUCAUGGAUAACCUCUCUGACGGCUUUCACCUCAAGACCAUUCGUGAGGAAAACACCAUCUACAGCUGCGUCGGCGAAGCCAAGGUGCCCUUUGUGAAUUCCUUGGACGUUGGCGGCGUUGCCUACGCGGCCCUGACACAGCCAGAGCCGCCAAACAAGGAUUUCCGCAUUGUUGGUCCCGCGCUGCUGACCCAUGACGAUGUUGCUGCCAGACUUGGCAACGUCCUCGGUCGCCCGAUUCGGCACGUCAACAUGUCACCGGAGGAGAGGCUCGAGCACAUGACAAACACGCUCAAGCUCCCUGCCCAAUACGCCGGCUUCAUGGUCAGCCUGGAGAAGCUCGCUGCUGGAGGCGCCGAAGACUACAUGGACGACACGGUGGAGAAGCUCACAGGCCGCAAGCCCGUGGAUCUUGAUUCCUUUAUCAAGGAAAGGAAGGAACUCUGGCAAUAG